CCGAUCUGCAUUCUGCAGCUGACAACAUUUUUGUACUAUGGGCACCUAUACAUAUAUUAGUAGCUCCGCUUUUCAUACCGGACUCGAUCUGAGAUCUCUCCGCACUCCAGACUUUACUACGUACAUUCCCCAAACCGCAACAGUAACACGAACACUCGUUCGUUACUGAAUAGGAGCAUACUAAAUGCAUCCGAAUACCAGUUCUUGCUGCGUACGCCUGCUCGCCCUCCUCGGCCCCCCAGUCUCCUUCCCACAGACACCCGCCUACAACACCUCGCUCGCCAGCUACUUCACGCAACAGAACGCACACCUCUACCCGUCCUGCAUUGUCACGCCCUCUAACACCGCGGACGUUUCUACCAUACUUGACUUCCUAACGUCACCUCGCCAAGACCAAAACCCAACGCACACCCACGCGAGCGCAAACACAAACACAGCCUGCCCCUUCGCCAUCCGCUCCGGCGGACACGCCUACAACACAGCCUUCAACAACAUCAACUCCGGACCCACAAUCGAUCUGUCGAAUCUAAACUCUAUAACCCUCUCGGCAGACCAGAAAACGGUCUCCGUCGGCCCAGGCGCAACAUGGGGAGACGUCUACGACAUCCUCGACCCGGCACACAUCUCCGUCCCAGGCGGCCGCGCAGGACAGGUCGGGGUUGGCGGACUCACACUCGGCGGCGGGAUCUCGUAUUUCUCGCCACGGUACGGGUGGACGUGUGAUAGUGUUAGUGAAUUCGAAGUUGUUCUUGCAGGCGGCGAGGUCGUUAGUGCGUCCCAAGGCUAUAACCGCGAUCUAUGGAUUUCGCUUUGCGGAGGUGGGCCAGCGAAUUUCGGCAUCGUCACCCGAGUUAAUCUUACCACGUUUCCGCAGGGGAUGAUCUGGGGUGGAUUCGUGUACUAUACCCUUGACACGAUCCCAGAACAGCUAAGUGCGUUUGAGGGAUUCAAUACCGCCGAAAGCUACGAUGAGCAUGCGUCGCUGAUUAUGAGUUUUGGGUUCUCUGCUGGUGUUGGUGGUGCGGUUGUGAAUAGUGUCGUCUACACCAAGGACGAAAAGUAUCCGGCUGUGUACGAGCCGUUCUUUGCACUACCGAGUUUGUCGAGUACGGUGCGCGUUGCGUCGCUCGGUGAGAUUGCGAGGGAGCAGGGGAGUUUCUCGCCGGAUGGGAGGCGGCAGCUGAGCGCAGUGACCACACACACCUCCACAAAACCCAUGCUCAACGCAACCUACAACAACUGGAACGCCAGCCUCGCAUCCAUCGAGCACAUCCCCGGAAUCGUCUGGUCGCUCUCCCUCGAACCACUCCCACCAUCCAUCUACGCCCGCCACGCAAACACCAACUCAAUGGGUCUACCGGACACACCUGACGGCGAGUCGCUAGUCGUGUCCCAGCUUAGCGUCUCGUGGGAUAAUGAGGAGGACGACGAGACUGUUGAGCGAGUGGCGCGUGCGUUGGUCGAGGGGAUUGAGCGUGAUGCAAAGGCGUUAGACGCGUACGAGCCAUUUCUGUACUUGAACUAUGCGGCCGAGUGGCAGGAUCCGAUUGCGAGCUAUGGGGGGGAGAGUGUGGAGAGGUUGAGAAGUGUUAGUAGGGAGGUGGAUCCGCGGGGGAUGUUUAGAGAUGGUGUGAAGGGGUUUAAGAUUCCUGGUUGAUGCCUAGUAGAGGGGCAUUGGGGGGUGGUAUAGUACAUCAGUGUAUAAAAGACUUAUAUAUAGAGAGUGGGAAUUGGAGUAGGCAGUAUGAGUGAAUACACUAGGUAUUACAACCAGUGGUAACUUGAGAAACAAUCAAGUGCAUGUGCAUCACCAUCCGCAUUAUAAUAGACAACCAGAAUUCUCUCCCUUGGGCCUCUUCUAAAAGUCCCUUCUAAAUAACCCUCUCACUAUUCAAGUCCUCAUUCACGCUUCUCAGGCGUCAUGUUA